AUGCGGCCGCAAGGGCGGAAGCUCGCUCUCAUUCUCGAAUGGCAGCCAAGGCGAUCAGACCUAGGAGCGGACUUCAACCCGGAGUGGUACAGCGGCACGAGCGUCGGCACGCCGGAUCCAAGGACGCCCACAGAGCGGCCCAGUAGCGCCCAACGAGCGCCCAGCGAGCGGCGUCAGUGCACCACCAGCGGCACCCACCCACGUGCCCACCAGGAGCACGCACAGCGCGACCACCGCGCCCUCAGCAGCGUCACCCGCGCCGCCAGCCGCGUUAUCAGCAGCGCAGACCCAGCAGCUUCCCGCGCCGUGCAGUGCCACCCACGUGGCCAUCAGGUGCCCACAGAGCGCCACCAGCAGCGCCAACAGCAGCGCCAACCGCGCCGGACACGUGGUCACCAGCCACACAACGAGCGUCACCAGGAGCGCGCAACGAGCGGCCCCGCGCCCUCAGCAGCGUUCAGCGCCCAUCGGGCGGCGUCAUUUGCACCACCAGCAGCACCCACCGAGUGCCCACCGAGCGCUACCAGCAGCGACCUCAGCGGCAUCCGCGCCCAACGCACAGCCCUACGAGCGGCUACCACCGAGCGCCAUCAAGCAGGGCAACAGCAGUGCCAACCGAGCGCUCACCACACCGAUCAGCGCUGCCGCGCGUCAGUCGCGCUACGGGAAGCGCCCACCCACGUGUUCAUCAGGAGCGCCCAACGAUCAGCGCCGCCGCUCACCAGCCGCGCUCACCGAGCGCCAUCCGGAGCGCCAGCCUCAGCAGCGCCCACCGAGCGGCUUCCGCGCCCUCAGCAGCGUUCAGCGCCCAUCAGCAGCGCCCAUCGAGCGGCGUUAGUGCCCAACAGGCGCCCUCAGCAGCGCCAACCGAGCGCCAAUCACCGCGCCCACAGCAGCGCCCAGCCGCGCCCUCAGCAGCGCCGCCGCUCACCAGCCGCACUCACCGAGCGCCAACGGGAGCGCCAGCCGCAACCACAUCGGUCAGCCACUGCCGCACGUCAGCAGCACCUGCCGUGCGCCCGCCGCAUCACGCCCCUGGUAGCGCCCAGUCACGCCACUAGGAGCGCUCACCGAGUGAUCCCCAGCAGGGCCAUCGGCAGCGCCACCGCGCGUAUGCCCAGUGUCUCGGGAAAGAAAAAGUCAGAGGACGCAGAAUCAAAGCCAGAUCCGGCAGCUGCCGGACUGGAAGAGGACCGGUUUUUUACCGCAUCCGGGGACGAACUACGACCACGAUUGGCAUCCUUCAUCGGAGGAGGAGACCACAGCCCAGCUCUACGAGAGCGCUUUGCCGCACUGGAGGCAAUAUACCCGGAAGCACCCACCCAGAGGACGUCCACCAGUCGGGCCACCUCACCGAUGCCCGGAAUUGAGGAUCACACGCUUCCCGUGCCCUGCUUAGGGAACAUACGGAAAAGCCCUGGACGGGAGAUACCGGCCGCCAACCCAGCCGCCCAUCUUCCGCACAGCCCUAUAUCCACGGCCGUGUUCGCCGAGAAACUGCGAGGAUGGGGCAUCUCCAACUUGAUCCGACUUGUCGAUCAUGGUGCGAAUUUGGUAAGGUUAAAGCUCAAGCGGGUGGACGCCGGCGAUCCCUGGGGCAGCUUCUGGUUUGACGCUGAUGAAACAAGUCCAGGCGUGGCAAGGUUGAAAGAUCCAACUCUCGCGGUUUGCGUUAUGGGAAUCUUUAAAUCAGAUUCUGGCGUGACGCCUAAGAAACGUAUGAUCUAG